UACAAAUCGACCAACUUCUUUCCCGCCAAAAUAGAUUUGCAUUGACGCGGUAUGUCUCACAUUUCUAACCACUACUGUUCUCUUCUGAAGCUCUGCUGCGACACCCAAAACCGCGCACAAUUGAAGAAGCUCCACUGCCGGAUAAUCAAAACCGUAUCGAACGUAGAGACAUUCUUGCUGAACAACCUCAUCAAUGCAUACAGCAAGCUCGACGACUUCGUGUACGCACGCCGCGUGUUCGAUCAAAUUCCCAGGCCAAACCAGUUCUCAUGGAACACCAUUCUCUCCGUUUACUCCAAAGCCGGAAACUUUCUGGAAAUGCAGGAAGUAUUCCGCAUGGUCCCGAGGAAAGAUGGGGUUUCUUGGAAUUUGGUUAUUUCGGGUUAUGCCUCUCACGGCUCGGUUGAUGAGGCUUUGAGGGCUUUUAAGUUGAUGUUGAGGGAUGGGAGGGUGAAUUUGAACAGAAUCACGUUUUCUACCAUGCUUAUAUUGUCUUUGAGCAAUGGUUGGAUCCAAUUGGGGAGGCAAAUUCACGGACAGAUAGUGAAGUGUGGGUUUGAGUCGUAUGUUUUUGUGGGGAGUCCCUUGACGGAUAUGUAUGCGAAACUUGGGUUUAUUAGUGAGGCAAAACAGGUUUUUGAUGAGUUACCAGAGAGAAAUUUGGUUUUGUCUAACACAAUGAUUAUGGGUUUUCUGAGGUGUGGGAUGGUGAAAGAGGCGGAGAGAUUGUUUAUGUGUUUGCCAGAGAGGGAUUCUAUAUCAUGGACUACAAUGAUUACUGGGCUAACACAGAAUUGUCUAGAUAUAAAAGCUUUAGAAUUGUUCAGAGAAAUGAGACUGGAAGGUUUGGCAAUUGACCAGUUUACCUUUGGGAGUAUUUUGACUGCUUGUGGAAGUUUACUGGCAUUGAAAGAAGGUAAACAGAUUCAUGCUUAUGCAAUCAGAAGUUAUCAUAUGGAUAACAUUUUUGUUGGCAGUGCGCUUGUUGAUAUGUAUUCCAAGUGUAGAAGCAUUAACUAUGCAGAGAAUGUCUUUAGGAGGAUGAAAAGCAAAAAUGUUGUGUCUUGGACUGCAUUGGUAGUGGGUUAUGGCCAAAAUGGAUACAGUGAAGAAGCUGUUCGGACGUUUUGUGAGAUGCAACGGAAUAGAGUCAAGGCAGAUGAAUUUACUUUAGGAAGUGUCGUUAGCUCGUGUGCAAACCUAGCAAGCAUAGAAGAAGGAGCCCAGUUUCAUGGUCAAGCAUUAGUUUCAGGCUUGAUUUCCUUCAUUACAGUUUCCAAUGCUCUUGUAACCCUGUAUGGUAAGUGUGGAAGUAUAGAAGAAUCUCAUAAACUGUUCAAUGAGAUGGCGGUUAAGGAUGAGGUCACUUGGACUGCAUUGGUUUCCGGGUAUGCACAGUUUGGAAAAGCCGCUGAAACUAUUGACCUUUUUGAGAAAAUGCUUGCACAAGGACUGCAACCAGAUGGAGUGACUUUUGUUGGGGUUCUAGCUGCUUGCAGUAGGGCAGGACUUGUAGAUAAAGGGAAAUAUUAUUUUGAUUCAAUGGUAAGAGAACAUAGAAUUAUGCCUACUCUUGAUCACUAUACUUGCAUGAUUGAUCUAUUAAGCCGCUCUGGACAGUUAGAAGAAGCAAAACACUUUAUACAAAAGAUGCCCUGCCAUCCUGAUGCAAUUGGUUGGGCUACACUGCUGAGCUCUUGUAGAACUCGUGGUAAUAUGGAAAUUGGGAAAUGGGCAGCUGAGUCUCUUUUGCAAAUAGAGCCUCAAAAUCCAGCCAGCUAUGUCUUGCUUUCAAGCAUGCAUGCUGCUAAAGGAGACUGGAAUGAAGUGGCCCAGUUAAGGAAGGCAAUGAGAGAUAAUGGUGUGAAAAAGGAACCAGGAUUUAGUUGGAUCAAAUAUAAAAACAAGCUGCAUGUUUUCUCAGCUGAUGAUAAGUCCAGUCCAUAUUCAGACAAGAUAUAUGCAGAGCUUGAUACGUUGUACUGUAGAAUGAUAGAGGAGGGCUAUAUUCCUGAUGUAAGCUCUGUCCAGCAUAAUAUUGUGGAAUCUGAGAAAGUGAAACUUCUUAACCACCAUAGUGAGAAGCUUGCAAUUGCCUUUGGUUUGAUCUUUGUUCCUCCUGAGCUCCCCAUAAAAGUGGUUAAAAAUCUUAGGGUAUGUGUUGAUUGUCACAAUGCAACUAAAAUAAUUUCCAGGAUCACUGGAAGAGAAAUUUUAGUAAGAGAUGCUGUAAGAUUCCAUUUGUUUAAAGAUGGAGAAUGUUCUUGUGGAGAUUUCUGGUGAUAUGCUGCCUGUCUUUUGACUAUCAGAGAAUGACAAUCAGCUUCUUUCAUGUUUAUAUGGAACCCAUUAGUUGAGAUGACAAGUGAAUGCUCUGAUUUGCUGAUGGCAUUGAACUUCUUAUGAUUACUAUGGUGCCCUUAGAAAAUUUUCUUCCAGUUCAUACUAUUGGAAGACUAGAAGGUGCCAAGGUGGAAUAAUUGCCUGUAAGAAAUCUUUGUAGGAUAGGGUGUUUCUUUUCCCAACAAUUGAGUUGAAGUUUCCUAAGGAGAAUCCAACCAAUCGAGCAGUGAAUCCUUCUUGACAAGUAACCGAGAGAGGGAUGUCUCAAAACUCUCCAAGGAGAUACAACCUAGAGAUAAAAACACAUGCUAUUAAGGAUAUACUUGGAAGAUUUACCCUGGGCGCCGGAUACAAAGGAGAAGUGCUGGUUCAUCACGCCACAGUUCUGAGGCCUUCAUGGGAG